GAGAGCGAGAGAAGGAGGGAGAGAGAGAGAGAAGCAGAGAGAGACAGAAACACAGAGAGGGAGGGAGAGAGAGAGAGAGAGAAAGGGUAACUGCAGAGAGGAGGAGGGGUUCAGUGGCAGCGUGAAACCAACUGCCAUCACGGAGGAAUAGAGCGAGGGAGUGAGAGAGACGACAACACAAAGACGGAGAAAACAAACGACUCGCUCGGCAGGAUGGAGGGAGUGAGAGAGAGCGGGCGGGUGUUGCGGGAGCAGUAGCGGCAGAGAGGCGCGGAGAGGGGGAAAUAGAGAGAGAGAAAGAGACGGAGCGGAGGUGGAGGCGGUGGGGGAGGAGUCGAGGAGGGCGCUCUCUGACGGGUCUAUUUCUGGCCAUCUCCUCUCCAGUGACAGCGGAACAACCGCUGACACAUCGCACAUCUCCGUCUUCAUCCCUCCAUCCGUCCGUCCGCCUGCUCCCCCUUUUCACCUGUUCUCAUCGCACGGAACGAGGGGGCGAGGAACGGGGGCAGCACCUGGACGGGCUGCGGCAGGAGAGGGCUCGUGACGGACUGUGGCUCGCGCUGACGCUGAGGACGUCCCUCUGAAGCAGCAUCGACAGCAUCUCUGAGGACUGGAUUUCACACACAUUCAAUAAUUACCAUACUUCUGGGGACCGAUACAUUCCAUAAGCACCAUACUUCUGGGGACCGGACCCAAAGCUGAGAGACACCUGCACGCAGGACACUGAACCCCAGCUGAGUGCAGAGAGACUGCAGGGAGCCUCUGGGUGUAGUUCCACCUCCGGGCCACACGAGGGCGCUGUCUGUAGAUCCCUGGCCAUGACGGAGAGGUGGCCGGCCUUGGCGUGACUCUCGUGAAUGUCUGAGGCCUCGAGUGGGCUGAAGCAGGACACGGCGUCACGCUCCCAAAAGGCCUGGGACGGGAGUUUCAGGAGCUGGAGUUCCUGUUCCUGUCGUGUCUCUUUCCAAAAGAAGCUCCCAAAUCAUCUCAUCACCACCGCACCAGGAUUACCUGGAUAUCGAGACUCCACUCCAGACUUACUACAGCAUGGAGACGCGGGAUAACUCCCUCCAGCUCGUGUGAGAACGUAUCCGAGCUGGAGAAGAAAUCAGUGUUGUUUUCAUCCACCGUUCUCCUCUGAAAUCAAAUAAACUGUAUGACCUGUAACUGAAAAAUCUGCUUAAAACAACAAAACUCCAGCACUGAGGACCUGUUCUGGACCUUAGGACCUUGUGAUUAUAAUCCCGUCCGUGUUGGUGAAGUGUCUGUCUGUGUGUGUGUAUAACUGAUGUAAAUACCCCGCUGAAGGCUCUUUGCUGCUCCUGGUUGUUUUGCCUGUAAUUGUGAACGAGCUUACUCUGUAGCUUGAUACUGUAGGAAUACUUACCUCUUCCUGUAUCACAGUUCUGGGGAUUGUGACCCAAAACUGCACUUUAAGACAGACUUGGGCACCAAACAGGGUUCUUUAAAGUCUAAAGUUUUUGGGACCGGAGACUGGUAUCAGGCUGCCGGGUUCUGGCCCCGUUGAGCUGUCCCACGGGCUGUGUGUCUGUCUGUGUCUUGGCUGAGUGCGUUGCUGGGGUUAAUUCACAGGGGUGCAUUGUGGGAGCCGGUGUGAUCAUGGACAGACUCAUCCGCCCGCAGGGCCCCUCCAAUGGCUGAAGGGGGCGCCAGUGAGAGCCCACCCUCGCAGUAGCCCCGCCCCCUGUGCCUGGCCCCGCCCCCCAGAGCGGAUGUCGUGCCUGAGGCGCCCCGUGGCCAUCCCCAUGGACACCGUCAAGAUCAUCCAAUCAGAGAAGCUCCCCCGCGAGUGCCCCUCCCCGCCGGUGACUCAGCCCCGCUAUGCCCCGCCCCCUCGCGUGGCCUGGGACUGCGGGGGCGGGGAGGGUGAGGUCAUCGUGAACCAGGCGUGCGGCGACCUCCCAUUGGACCUGACGCUGACCCGCGCCAUGGCCACGCCCCUGCACCACGCCCACCUGCGGCCCCAGGCCCCGCCCCCGGGCCCCGCCCGGCUGGACCGCCCCGCCCCCUUCCUGUCCCAGCGCAAGCUGAGCGCCGACCUGUGCUACCGCCAGCUGCACUACAAGAUGGAGGACGUCAUCGUCAACCAGUACGUGCUGCGGCCCGCCCACCCCAUCGCCUCCGCCGGCCCGCCCCCCUCCUCCAACGCCGUGGCCCCCUACGAGCCGCUGGACUGCCCCACCUGCGGACACACCUACAACUUCGCCGGGAAGCGGCCGCGCAUCCUGUCCUGCUUGCACUCGGUGUGCGAGGAGUGUCUGCAGAUCCUGUACGAGUCCUGCCCCAAGUACAAGUUCAUCUCCUGCCCCACCUGCCGGCGCGAGACCGUGCUCUUCACCGACUACGGCCUGGCCGCCCUGGCCAUCAACACCAGCCUGCUGAGCCGCCUGCCCUCCGACCCCAGCGGCACCAUGCAGUGGGGCGGGGAGCCCGACCGCAGCUGCUACCAGACCGUGCGCCAGUACUGCCAGUCCGCCUGCACCUGCCACCUGGGCAACCCGCUGUCCUCCUGCGGCAUCAUGUAGACCCAGGGGCGUUUCACCCACAACUGGCAACCCGCUGUCCUCCUGCGGCAUCAUGUAGACCCAGGGGCGUUUCACCCACAACUGGCAACCCGCUGUCCUCCUGCGGCAUCAUGUAGACACAGGGGCGUUUCACCCACAACUGGCAACCCGCUGUCCUCCUGCUGCAUCAUGUAGACACAGGGGCGUUUCACCCACAACUGGCAACCCGCUGUCCUCCUGUGGCGUCAUGUAGACACAGGGGCAUUUCACCCACAACUGGCAACCCGCUGUCCUCCUGCUGCAUCAUGUAGACACAGGGGCGUUUCACCCACAACUGGCAACCCGCUGUCCUCCUGCGGCAUCAUGUACACCCAGGGGCGUUUCACCCACAACUGGCAACCCGCUGUCCUCCUGCGGCAUCAUGUAGACCCAGGGGCGUUUCACCCACAACUGGCAACCCGCUCUCCUCCUGCGGCAUCAUGUAGACCCAGGGGCGUUUCACCCACAACUGGCAACCCGCUGUCCUCCUGCGGCAUCAUGUAGACACAGGGGCGUUUCACCCACAACUGGCAACCCCUACACCCCCACACAGAACACCCGUAUAUUAUUAUUAUAUAUGUAUGUAACAGCACUGGAGAAUACCACACAUACAGUGACGGAUUUAAAAGACUUGAACAGAGAUGACGCGUGUGUGCAGUACUGCUGAAGAAAUGGAUAAUUAUCCGGUAAAUGUAUUUUAUGUCUGAAGUUAUAAAGUUAUGAGGUUAUGAAGUGCGCACCUCUCUCCCCGUCCCUCUCUCUGGACCUGUUCGGGGAUGUGGGCUUGAGAAGCGCAGGAAUCCUGGGUUUGAGUCGAUGAACAAACAAACAAACAAUAAUAAUGAGGAUAGUAAAACGGUCUGAACAGGAGUCUGUGGAGCUGUCAGCCGGACUGUUUCAGUGAAGGAGAGUUUACACACUGGUCAAAGACUCUUCAGAGGCCCUCUGCCGAGAACAUUUUAUGAGGCUCACUGGUUAUAGAUGCAAAAUGGAAGCAAAGUAGAUACAUUUUUCUGGAUCUGCUUAUUGUCCUGAAGUGUCAAUUGAAAAGUUGCUCUUAUUUAUUUAAAUAUGUGUAGAAAUGCCAAGUACACAUAUCAAAUAUAAAUAUAAUAUAUCGUUCCAAACA